AUGGCAGAACGAAUUCGUUUGGCAGUCGGAAUUAUGGGGAAUGCAGCCACUUUGUUUCUCUAUGCUGCCCCAGUACUAACUUUCUCAAGGGUAAUAAGAAGGAAAAGCACGGAAGAAUUUUCGUGCGUGCCAUACAUUAUUGCACUAUUGUGUUGUUUCCUCUACACAUGGUACGGCUUACCAAUCGUGAGUUAUCAGUGGGAAAACUUUCCUGUCGUAACCAUUAAUGGAUUAGGGAUUCUUUUCGAGCUCUCCUUCAUAGCCAUAUAUUUCUACUUUGCUUCGGCUAAUGGAAAGAAGAAGGUUGCUAUGUUGACGAUACCAGUACUCGUUUUGUUCUGCAUCACUGCAAUUUUAUCAACUUUUUCCUUUCAUGAUCAUCGCCGUCGCAAAGAAUUUGUAGGAAGUGUUGGGCUCGUUGCAUCUGUAGCAAUGUACGGAUCUCCUCUCGUGGUCAUGAAACAAGUGAUACGGACCAAGAGCGUGGAAUUUAUGCCAUUUUACUUGUCAUUUUUCUCAUUACUUGCUAGUUCACUUAGGAUGGCUUAUGGACUACUCAUCCACGAUCUUGUUCUUGCGUCACCCAACCUGGUAGGUACCCCUCUAGGCUUACUCCAGCUUUUGUUGUACUGCAAGUAUAAGAAAACUGAAGUUAUAGAAGAAAAACCUCAAAAAUGGGAUUUGGAAAGCAAUGUGAACCAUUUCUUUGAACGUCAAGGUCAAAUGCUACGUUACGAUAACAAAUAA